UUCCUCAAUCUUUCUUCCUCUCUCUCUAAAUCGCUUGCAGCAAAAUGGGCGAUUCUUCACACCUGGAGAGGAUGGGGAGAGAACUCAACUGCCCCAUUUGUUUGAGUUUACUAAAUUCUGCAGUUUCGCUUACAUGCAAUCAUGUGUUCUGCAAUUCAUGUAUCAUGAAGUCAAUGAAGUCAGGUUCAAAUUGCCCAGUUUGUAAAGUGCCAUAUGGGCGUCGAGAGGUUCGCCCUGUGCCUCACAUGGAUAGCUUGGUCAGCAUCUACAAAAGCAUGGAAGCUGCUUCGGGAAUCAAUAUUUUUGUCACUCAGAAUGCACCAUCAACUAAAUUAUCAGAUAAACAGCAAACUGAAGGUGAUCAAAAUUGUGGGGGACAAAAAGCAGAUAAUGCUAGUGAGGAGAGAGCAAAGAAUCAAAGAAAACUGAAAGGGAAGGGACCAAAAAGAUCACUUAAAACCAAUCCAGAAGAUUCUGGUCUCAAUCCUGCAAAACCUUCCUUUCCAGGCAAGAAAAGGGUUCAGGUGCCACAGUAUCCUCUGUCAGAAACCCCCAAACGGCCUGCAAAGUUGGAUGGUGGUUUGAGUGAAAUGAGCAAAGGUGGGCCUAAGAACAAUUCAGUUGUACUAAAUGAGAAACCUGCUCUAAAUGACAAUGGAGAACUGGUAUUUUCACCUUUUUUCUGGUUGCGAGAGGAUGAAGAUGUAGAAAACUCAAGUCAGCAGAUGGAUGGGGAUCUUGCCUUGAGCUCAUCACUGCCAAAUGUUCCUUCUUUCAGUGAUAUCAAGGGUUCAGAUGAUGAAAUGCCUUCUGAAUUGACCCCAAAAGGGAAGGUGGAUACCGAAUUCAAUGUUGCAGACCCAUUUGAUAGUGAGAUAUUUGAAUGGACACAAAGAGCUUGCUCCCCUGAGCUCUGUUCAAGUCCCAUGGAAAUGCAGGUUCCAGAUUCUGAUGAAUUUGAUGAAAUUCAAAAAGGGGAAAAUAAACCAGAUUCACAGAGUGCAACUAAAGAAGAGGAAGCUCCUAGAACAGAGAACAUGAAUGGCAUGAACUGCAAAGAAGGAACAGGCUGUGCAGCUAUGAGAUUGCCUGCUAUGUCCUCCCCAGAAACCAAAAAUGCCAAUGGUCAAAAUGGGAUUGGAAUAUCAAAAAAGAGAGGUAGGAAAUCAAAUAAAAAGGGUCAAAAGAAACGUGCCAAGAGAGGUGCUGAUGAAGUUCUUGGAAUCCAUAUUAAUGCACAGAGUGUAGCUGAAGAUUUUAUUCCAGUACAAGAUUGUGACAAGGAUGGCAGUUCAAAUUUGAGGAAAAAAACUCACAAAGGGUGUGAGAAGGCUUGCUUUGAUAACAAUGCUACUGGUGCAGCACCAGAAAAUGUUUCCAGCGUAUCUGUUGGAUCAAAAUCUCUGAAUCAGGAUGAUGAGAAUAUAAUUACUGCAUUGCCUGCUUCAUUAGUUAAGAAACAUGUCAGUGAUGAAAAUCUUAACUUAAAGAAAAGGGGCAGAAGGUGUGAUAAUGUCAACACCCAGAGCCAGAAAGGUCAUACUGUAAGAUCUAAAAAUCAGAAGUUAGAAUCUGCUGAGGAUGACAUGCUUGGGAAAGGUGCAAUUACCCUAAACCAAAUAAAUUAUGAUAUGUUCUCCCAUUCACCUUGUGUUUCUUUGCCUAUGGCUGAUGAUGGGAAAGCUUCUGAUCGUGGUGAGAAAGCCAGCAAACAUGGCAGAAUAAUUAGUAAAGUUAAUCAGAAGCAUGAUAAAAGAUUGAGACCUUCAAAAAAGUUGAAGGUUUCAACAGAUGACAUCUCAAAAUAUGGGUUGAUCGAUGACACUCAAGAAGGCCAUACCAAGGUUUCUGCAAAGAGUACCCAACCAAUUAAUAACAAUCAAUGCAAUCCUGAAGUCAGAGUUCUUGAUUAUUCAUCAACAGCAAAGAAGGCUCUUUCUGCCACUAGUGGAGGGGCUUUGCGGAAAUGUGAGAGCAUUCCUAAUAAAAUUAGUUGUGCUUUUUGUCAUUCUGCUGAAGAUUCAGAGGCUUCAGGAGAGAUGGUCCACUACUUCAAUGGGAGGCCCAUUGCAGCAGAUCACAAUGGAGGAUCUAACAUCAUACAUUCGCACAGGAACUGCACAGAAUGGGCCCCUAAUGUUUAUUUUGAGGAUGGUACCGCAGUCAAUCUCAAAGCUGAAUUAACAAGAAGUCGGAGGAUUACAUGCUGCUGCUGUGGUAUCAAAGGGGCAUCUCUAGGUUGCUAUGAGAAGAGUUGUCGCAAAAGCUUUCAUUUUCCUUGUGCAAAGCUAACCCCACAAUGUCGAUGGGAUACUGACAACUUUGUCAUGUUGUGUCCUCUUCAUGCCUCUUCUAAGUUGCCAAAUGAAAUUUCUGAACGUCCAGCAAAAACUAGAAAGAAAUGCAGUACAAAAGGACGAUCAGACAUUCAACGAGCUCAAGUUGCUGUUAAACAUGACAUCAGUACUAGUCAGCACUGGAAUUCCCAUGGAUCACCUGGUAAAUUGGUUCUUUGUUGCUCAGCUCUCACAGUUGCAGAGAAGGAUAUUGUUUCAGAAUUUGAGAGGUUAUCUGGAGUUACAGUGUUGAAGAAAUGGGGUCCAGGUAUCACCCAUGUCAUUGCAUCAACAGAUGAAAAUGGAGCAUGCAGAAGAACCCUAAAAUUUUUGAUGGGUAUCUUGGAGGGAAAGUGGAUUCUGAACACUGAGUGGAUUAAAGCUUGCAUGAAAGCGAAGGAGCCUGUUGCAGAGGAGCAGUAUGAAAUUGGUAUUGACAUUCAUGGAAUCAGAGAUGGUCCUCGACUUGGGAGACUAAGACUCCUGAAUAAGCAACCAAAGCUUUUCAGUGGCUUUAAGUUCUAUUUCUUUGGAGACUUCAUGCCUUCAUACAAGGGCUACCUACAAGAUCUUGUAAUUGCAGCUGGAGGAACUGUUCUACAUAGAAAACCCAUUUUGGGAAACCAGGAAACUCUAUCAUCUGGAUCCUCCAUGUACGAAACUUUCAUUAUUUACAGCCUUGAACUGCCUGAGAAGUGUGGUCCUGACAUGAAGAAUCAGAUUUUUACCUGCCGCCGAUCUGAAGCUGAGGCCCUUGUAAGAUCAACCGGAGCCAAAGUAGCAAGCAAUUCAUGGUUUCUGAACUCCAUUGCUGCUUGCCAGGUGCAAAAUGUUGCUGAGUAAUAGACUUUCUUGAUUCAGGAUUCAAUUUCAUCCUUUAUUCUCUCAAAAGUAAAUGGUACCCUUGGCUGGUGAUAUUAUGUAAAGGUUAUGGUAUGUCUAUAUGUUACAACUGGGAGUUUGCUUCAGAUACAACAUUGAGAAUUUUAUUUGAGUCUGAAGUAUCUAUCUUGUUGAGCAAUUCAAAGCAGUAUUUGAAAAAUUCACCAUCUUGUAUCCUGUUGUAUGCAUGCAUAUUUAGGUAUAUUUAUGGAUGCAUCACCCAAGAGGCUUUUGUGGAAA